AUUCGUGCACGACUCCUAUAUAAACCUUAUGUGACUUAGUUACUACAUACCAUAUCUUGGGACCUGAAGGCAAAGAAAAAGCACAAACCAAAAUGCUUCACAUUCUCUUCUUCUUCUCCCUUCUCUUCUCCUCUUCUCAUGCCUCUGUCCAGGACUUCUGUGUUGCGAACCUCAAAGGGCCAGACACCCCGGCGGGCUUCACUUGCAAGAGCCCUAAAAAGGUCACUGUCGAUGACUUUGUUUUAUCAGCACUAGGAAUAGCUGGUAACACCACCAACAUCAUCAAAGCAGCCGUGACCCCUGCAUUCGUUAGCCAGUUACCGGGCCUCAAUGGGCUCGGCCUCUCAGCAGCCCGAUUGGACCUGGCGCCGGCCGGCGUCAUCCCAUUGCACACCCACCCGGGCGCAUCGGAGCUCCUGUUUGUGAUUCGGGGGAAAAUAUUGGCAGGGUUCAUUUCUUCAGCCAAUGCUGUUUAUUUGAAGACCCUGAAGAGAGGUGACAUUAUGGUUUUCCCACAGGGGUUGCUUCAUUUCCAAGUGAAUGCAGGUGGGUCCACGUCCAUCGCUGUGGUCAGCUUCAGCAGUGCAAAUCCUGGCCUCCAAAUCCUCGAUUUUGCAUUGUUUGCCAACAACUUGCCAUCUCCGUUGGUGGAGAAGACCACUUUCCUGGAUGAUGCUCAAGUGAAGAAGCUCAAGGCUGUGCUCGGUGGAACCGGCUAAACAAAGCCAAGCUCAGCUACAGAUUGUUUUCUAGUGUGAUGAUAUUUGUUGUUGUGGAUGUGUUUUCUUGUUGUUGCUAAUGUGGAAGCCAUUUCUUCAUGUUUAAUAAUGCAAUUGAAACAUUGUUCUA